AUGAACCACGCCGAAAUGAACCACGCCGAAAUGAACCACGCCGAGCUGUACCACGCCGAACCGCUCCGCGCUGAACAAAGCGGGGGCCUCCCACAAGUUCUCAGCGAAAAAAUACAAAAAUUAGAGGAACAUAAAAGCGGUCUUCACUGCAAGGAGUACCGCUUGGUCCUGUUUGGUCUGUUGUGGGUGGAAUUAAGCAGAAGAGAGACAGUGUUUUCCCCUUUCCUUCCCCCGUGUGUCAAAAUGAUUAACUUUUUUCCGUUCACUUCAUUUUUUAAUUUCUUUCGUUAUGAGAAAUUACCCAAGCGGCUGAUUGAGCAUGUGAUCAAGGCAGGGACCUUCUGCCGGACCAUGCUCCCCGUCUUCAUCCCCCUAUGUAUGUAUCAGUACAUACGGCAGGUGGACAAAGAACGAUACGCAGAGGAACUGCUGUUCGAGUCAGCCCCAAGCUGUGACGUAAAGAGCUUUUACGACCCCAUAAUGAAAAGCAGCGGAACGAAGAACUGGAAGAUCCAAUAUGACUUAUAUCUCAUAGAUAAGGCAGUUAACUCGUGA